CGACAGCAACUCCGCAUGCUGGUAUUUCAGCCAUUUCCAAACUCUAUGCCGGUAAUUUUUUUUCAUUUUUCGACCUUUAGUUUCCUGCAAACAUGUUUUCAGGAGUUCGAGCUCGUUUACCAGCUAUUUAUCAGCUCUCAAGGACCUAUGCUUCAGCUGCGGCCAAAAAGAAGUCAAAGAUAGCAAAAUACACCCUAGUUGGCGUCGCCUCUGGAUCCGCCUUAGGUGCAGCUUAUCACUUGAGCAAGGACGAUGAGGUUAUCAACUCUGCAGUAGGCGCGCAUUUGACUGUACCCGAGCAAGCCUUCAAGCCCAAGCUAGGAGGAUACAAGAAUCUACCAGUCGUGUCUCACUUCUUGGAUGAUUCUGUCCAUGAAGAAAACACGAAGCCUAGGUUGGUGGUUAUCGGUAGCGGAUGGGGCGCAGUGUCGGUUCUUGAGCAGUUGGAGAAGGAUGACUAUAACGUCACGUUGAUCAGCGAAAACAACUACUUCCUCUUCACCCCUCUUUUGCCUAGCGCAACGGUUGGUACUCUUGAAAUGAGAUCACUUCUAGAGCCCAUCAGGAAGAUUACGGAUAGAAUGAAGGCCCACUUUUUACAAGUGACUGCCAAAGACGUUGACUUUGACUCCAAGCUCGUAGAAGUCACAGAUCCUGCUACUGGAAAGGACUUUUAUGUCCCAUACGAUAAGCUGGUGAUCGCUGUUGGCGCAACUAGCAUGACGCACGGUGUGGAAGGUCUGGAAAACACUUUCCAGUUAAAGACGAUUCAAGAUGCCAUUAAGAUUCGUCGACAAGUACUGGAGAACUUGGAGGUGGCAGCCUUGCCUACCACACCCCCUGAGGAACGAAAGCGACUUCUCAGCUUCGUUGUUUGCGGAGGUGGGCCGACUGGCGUAGAAUUUGCCGCCGAACUUUUUGACACUCUCAACGAAGAUCUAGUGAGAUGGUUCCCUAAAGUACUUCGAGAAGACGUUAGUGUCACCAUCAUUCAGUCUCGAGAUCAUAUUUUGAAUACCUUUGACACAAGUAUCAGUGACUACGCCGAAAAGAAGUUUGAUCGCGAGAAAAUCAAGAUAGUGACAAACGCAAGAGUGAAAAAAAUAGACGAACACUCAGUGCAUUACACCGUGAAGAAUGCAGGAGAUCCCAGUAACCCUGAAACUCAGCAAUUACCUUACGGAUUUUGUUUGUGGUCUACAGGCAUAUCCAUGACUCCAUUUGCUCGCAAUAUAUCGGAGAAAUUGGAAGCUCAGAAGCAUCAAAGAGCUUUGGUGACCGAUGGUACUUUGAAACUCAAGGGUAUACCGGAUGGAUCAGUGUAUGCAAUAGGAGAUUGUGCAACCAUAGAAAAUCCUAAAAUGCUAUCCCAUAUUAUGGAUAUUUGUGAAGCCGCAGACAAGAACAAAGAUGGUAGCUUGACAUUCGACGAAUUUGUAGAAGCUGGUCAAUACAUGUGUCGACGAUUUCCCCUCGCAACCACCCAUUUAUCCAAGAUGUCAGAUCUUUUUAAAAAAUAUGAUGUGGACAACAGUGGAACUUUGGAAAUCGAUGAACUUAGGGUGCUUCUCACCGAUUUAGACAAGAAGACGACUAAUUUACCCGCAACGGCACAAGUAGCCAACCAACAAGGCAAAUAUCUAGGCAAGUCAAUAUCAAGAAUUGCCAAAGCAAGUAGGCAAGGGGUUAGUGAGGAUCAGGUUGUGCAGCCCUUCGCGUAUCAUCAUCUAGGUUCACUUGCGUAUCUUGGAAACACUGCUGUAGGCGAAUUUAGCUGGGGCUAUAAGAUGGUUGGCGGUUUGUGGGCAUUAUACCUAUGGCGCAGUGUGUACUGGAGUGAGCAAGUCAGUCUGCGUACUCGAUUGAAUCUCAGUAUUGACUGGACGAAAGGUGCAAUUUGGGGCAGAGAUCUAUCAGCCAUAUAAUAUGAAACUUGGAGAUAUUCCCCCAUUAGCUAUAGAAAAUGUUACCCUGAUCCAUAAAAUAAAGAAUUGUGUUGUUGGUAAUCCAUUUCAAAA